CUAGUCGCAGAUUUUUUUUGAGGUAUUAUUAAACUUCAGAGAUAAGAACAAUAGUAUUGAAAAGUCUCAUUUAAGAGGAAGUGACUAUUUUUCAAUUUUUUACUUAAAAAGGAAAUCUUUAUUGAAGAUCAAAAAAAAGUCAGCAGAGCACUUAUUAAUUAUUAAUCGCAAGAACUAAAGACAUAAAUACCUCAAACAUUACAAAAAUAUUAUUGUAUUCGAUCAACAAAUCGGUAGUGCUGCAUUUAGUGUCUGAAAAUGAGUUAUUCGAAUAAAUUUAUUUAUGCUUGCUUACCCCGAACAAAUCGUGGCCAACCAAUUGUUUUAGGUGGUGAUCCAAAAGGAAAAAACUUUUUAUAUUGUAAUGGAAAUUCUGUGAUCAUUCGCAACAUCGAUAAUCCAGCUAUAUCAGAUGUCUAUACUGAGCAUUCUUGUGCCGUUAAUGUCGCUAAAUAUUCACCUUCUGGUUUUUACAUUGCAUCUGGUGACUCAUCGGGCAAAGUACGCAUUUGGGAUACCGUUAAUAAGGAACACUUAUUGAAAAAUGAAUUUCAACCAAUCGCGGGUCCAAUUAAAGAUAUUGCAUGGUCUGCUGAUAGUCAGAGAAUUGUUGUUGUAGGAGAAGGUCGUGAACGAUUUGGUCAUGUUUUUAUGGCUGAAACAGGAACAUCAGUUGGAGAAAUUUCCGGACAAUCAAAACCAAUUAAUAGUUGUGACUUUCGUCCUGCAAGACCCUUUCGAAUUGUUACAGGUAGUGAAGAUAAUACUAUUGGUAUAUUUGAAGGCCCACCAUUCAAAUUUAAGAAGACAAAACAAGAGCAUACACGAUUUGUUCAAGCUGUAAGAUAUUCCAAUGAUGGUAAAUACUUUGCUUCUGGUGGAUUUGACGGUAAAGUUUUCCUUUAUGAUGGAAACACAUCGGAUUUAAUUGCCGAAAUCGGUUCUCCUGCACACAAAGGUGGAGUUUAUGGUGUAGCUUGGAAACCAGAUGGAACUCAAUUACUAACAGCAUCAGGAGAUAAGACUUGUAAACUUUGGGAUGUUGAAACGAAGGAAUUAGUUGCUGAAUUUGUAAUGGGGAAUACUGUUGAUGAUCAACAAGUAUCAUGUUUAUGGCAAGGUGAACAUUUACUCUCUGUCUCAUUAUCUGGAUUCAUCACUUAUUUAGAUCCAGAAAAUCCAUUGAAACCUUUACGUAUUCUUAAGGGACAUAAUAAACCAAUCACUGCCGCAACUUUAAGUGAUGAUCAUAGCAUUAUUUAUACAGCAUCUCAUGACGGUGCUGUUACAAAUUGGAAUUCUGGUAACGGAUUAAAUGAUCGAGUCGGAGGAAUUGGACACGGUAAUCAAGUUAAUUCUAUAAGAUCACACGGUGAUUUCGUUUAUACAUGCGGAAUUGAUGACUCAUUGAAGCAAAUUAAUUUGGAAGGAAAUUCAUAUACAGGUGUAGAUUUAAAACUGCCCUGUCAACCACGCGGUAUGGAUGUUUUAAAAGAACAAAAUAUAAUUGUUGUUGGAUGCGUUAAAGAAAUCAUUGUGGCGCAAGAGAAUCGCAAAGUUUCAUCACUGCUAAUAAAUUAUGAAGCAUCAUGUGUAUCGAUUAACAGUGACACCCGUGAAGUUGCUGUUGGCGGAGAUGAUAAUAAGAUUCAUAUUUAUACAUUAAAUGAUACUCAACUGGAACUAAAAUUGGAACUGGAACAUCUCGGCGUAAUCACCGACUGUGCUUACUCACCAAAUAAUAAAUAUCUUGUUGCAUGUGACAGUAACAGAAAGGUUGUUUUGUAUUCAGUCGAAGAGUAUAAGCCUGCACAUAACAAAGAAUGGGGUUUUCAUAAUGCGAGAGUCAAUAAAGUAACAUGGUCUCCUAAUUCAACAUUAAUUGCUAGUGGGUCGUUAGAUACUACCAUCAUCAUCUGGUCUUUAGCUAGUCCAGCAAAACAUACUAUAAUUAAAAAUGCUCAUCCACAAUCGCAAAUCACUGGUCUCGUGUGGUUAGACCACGAAACUGUCAUUUCGACUGGACAGGAUUGCAAUGUAAAAGUCUGGGAAGUUGAAAGCUUCUAAAACUAAUUUCAUAGUUCUUUUUUUACAAUUUUAUGUGUCUACCCGUUUCUAUAUACUUUAUACUUUAAUUUAUUGUAUCAUGAAUUUUAAUUCUUUCCUAAUAUAAUUUCAUUGUCCUUGUUUUUUUUUUGAUAAUUUUAUCAAGCACUAAGGCCAACCUUUUUCAAGUAUUAAUUGUAAUCUGAAACUUUAAAUAAUUCUAUUAAUCACUUUUAAUUUGUCUAAACAGAAAUAUAACUGUAUUAAAUUUUUGAGCCCACCUUCCCUUAUCACGUUAGUUUUAACAUAAUACUAAAUAUGAAGUAUUUCCUGAAAGAAUUAAAAGCAAAUCAAAGAAAAGGUUCUAAUGUCAUUUAAUUCAAAAUUCGUUUUUUAUAAGCAUACAUAUAUUCAAAAGCAUAUAUUUUAUGUAAAUCAUUUUUUGUAAAAUUAAAAAUUAAAUGAAAUAAAAAAAAAUCCAAUAAAAUUUUAAAAUUUAUGCUAUCAAAAUUGUAAUUUGUUC